GCAGGUUUUUACACCUCCACUCUUCGUUCCUACGUUUCUCUUCCUCUUCGAGAUGCCGCUGGUUAGGUCUCAGCUGCGGAAUGAGUUCCGGUUGGGACAGCCGGAGCUGUACAAGCAAGCUGAUAGGGACGAUCCCAAAGCUCUCCUCGAUGGCGUCUCUGUUUCUGGACUCGUCGGAAUCUUGCGCCAAUUAGGCGAUCUCGCUGAAUUUGCAGCAGAGGUUUUUCAUGGCUUACAAGAACAAGUAAUGACUACAGCAUCCAGAAGUCAUAAGUUGAUGAUUCGUGUGCAACAAAUUGAAGCUGCACUUCCACCCCUUGAGAAGGCUGCUUUUUCCCAAACAAGCCACAUACACUUUGCUUACACAGCUGGUAGUGAGUGGCAUCCUCGACUUCAAAAUGCAAAAAAUCAUUUUAUCUACAAUGACUUGCCACAAUUUAUGAUGGAUUCCUAUGAAGAUUGCCGUGGUCCUCCCCGUUUUGAUUUGCUGGACAAGUUUGAUAUGGGUGGGCCAGGAUCUUGUCUAAAGAGAUAUUCUGAUCCUACUUUCUUUAAGAGAGUAUCAGGAAGCUCUAUUGAAGCAAAUAUUGCUGACAAAGUGCAGGGGAGCAAGAGGGCUCACAAAAGCAAGAAUGGACAGAAAAGGUCAUCUCUAAGAAAUGGAGAACUAUCACGUGCGCCUUCAAUAUACUCUUGCAGUGGCAGAAUGCGGUUUACUUCUCCCAUUGUUAACAAGCAAACUUCUCCUCCUCAAACUGCCUCCACAGUAGAUAUGGAAAUGAAAUAUGAUUUGCAAGAGCAUUCAAACUUUUUUGAUUUAAAAGCUGGGUCUGGCCAUAUCAACUGUGUUUUUGAUGUCAGUUCCUCCAUGCAGCCUGAAAAACAGGAAGCCACAUCAUCUAGAAUGGUGCUAAAUUCUGCUGAUAACCCCGCCAAAGAUUUUCCUGUUCAACAGACUCAGUUUGUAGACGAUGACUUUUCAGUUAGUUCAUCACAGGAGCAGAUUGCCCAAAGUUUAUCUUAUGUUACUUGGGAUGAGAAGGCAGAAAUAGUGGAGUCCAGAGGCAGGCAUUUUGAUAGAAAUGAAUUUCCAGAGGUGAACUUUGAUUUAGAUAUGCAAGACAGAGACCACGCCAAUCUUAGACAUUUUGAUCAGAUGGAUAUCCUGCUCAAUGGUUCAGAUUCUCCUGAAUCAAUCUCUAGCAGAAACCAGGUUGAUGAAAUUGAAAGUGAAACAGAAGAUUAUUUGGAUGCACUCAACACUAUUGAAUCAGAAUCUGAAGUUGAUACUGAGUUCCAAAUAAAACAAGGAGUGGACCAGUAUUCUAGAGAUGUUAACAAUAAAAAUAGAGAAGAUGGGAUAAAUGUGCUUAAAGCAACUAAUGCAGAGCAUCAGUCAUCUAAAAAUGAAUCUGAUGCUGCAUCCAACAUUUUAACGAACGAUGGAGUGUCCAGAAGUUUACCUGAGUCAGUCCCCACCGAGUGUUUGGCUGGUAAGCAGAUACCUCCAUUCUCUUGUAAGUCUUUUGAUUCAGACCAUUCAUCUGGGACAGAUUUAUUCAUAAAUGCUGAAUUUCUUCAAGGUUCAAAAGCAGAAUCUGUUGCAGGUGAUCCAUCAUCUGGUUCUAGAGUCAACAAUUUACAUGGUUCUCCAUGUGACACAAUGAUAAACACAGUCCAAGAGUUUCCUGAGCCUCAUCCCGAAAUUUCUGGUGUUCCUUCAAUUAAGAUACAAACCAAUGGUGAAAUUGCUCAAGGUUCGAAAGUAGAAUCUGUCGCAGUUGAUCCAUCAUCUUCUGGUUCUAGAGUUACCAAUUCACAGGUUCCACCUUGUGAUAUAAUGGUAGACAGUGUCUGCGAGUCUCCAAAAUCUCAUCCUAAAAUUUCCAGUGUUCCUUCAGUUAAGAUAUGGACCAAUGGUGGCCUUUUGGGACUUGAGCCAUCAAAACCUCCUGAUUUUUCUGUAGGUCUAAAUUCCAUAUCCAGAAGUGGUCGCACAGUUGAUCCUCCAAACAAUUUGUUAACAACUAAGAGUGAUGGGCUGAAAGAAAAACAGGGUACAUUUGUCAAAGAUGCUGAGAACAAUGGAAAGCCUUCAGGUUUGACUGCUAGCAAUGUUUCAGUUCCACUAGCUGAUUUACAUGCCAAAGUUGAAAAACGUGAUUAUUCUCAUGGCAGUAAUAGUCACAAUUGUGCUUAUGACAGUGGUCCAAGUCUAAACACAGAAAUACCUAAUGGAAACAAGCUUCUAGUCAAUCCUAAUGUCAACUCUAAACCUGUUGAAUCUGAUCAGUGUAAAGAUGAUACAGCAAUGUUUCCACUGGGCCACAGAUUACUUGUGAGUAGUUUCUGCAGAAAUGUGUCACUUAAUAAUGACAUUAAGUCUGAACCCGCAAACCCUCUGAAAGCUUGUGUAAUGGAGCAGAAGAGUGAAGAGCACAGUUUGUUAUAUCAGAAAAUUCUCGAAGAACAGUUUGGAAGUAGAUCUCCAGCACACUCACUGACUUCUUCUCCUCCACUUGGACAUAUGAAAAUAUCUUUCAAUCCUAUACAUGGAUUUGAGACUCACAAGCUCAAAUUGAAAUUUCCUGAUGGGAUUCAUUCCCAUGAAAGCAAUAGAGAUAUGUUUCCUUCAUUUCAGUUGGUGCCAGAGCCUGUCAUUUCAGUGUGUGAUGUUGCUUCAGACUCCGGUGAUGAUACUUUCUGUAGAUCAUCUCAUUAUUUGUCUGAUGAUUGCCUCAGCAAUUACUCUGAGUCAAACUUUGAACAGUGGGAAUCUGGCAAAACCGCUGAACAAAGUGACCAGGAGCUAUAUGAUGCUUUAAGCAGAAUGUCAUCUAUGGAAUCAGUUUCAAGCUCUCUGUAUGAUGGAAAGGCAGCCAAUAAUGGUAUCUAUAUCAAUGGGGGACUUAAACCUAUGGCUUCUGAGAGCGGUGCAGAACCUUCUGUGCCUGUUCCUUCACUUGAUCUCCCAAGUUUUGAUGCCAUCAACCAAGUAGUACCAGAAGAAACUAAUAGCAACACUACAAAUAAUGUAUCAGAAUUGCAAAAUUCUAGGGAGCCAGAGCCCAUACCAUUACCACCACCGCUUCCAUCUGCACAAUGGCAGGUUUCAACACCUGGCCUCAAUAUAGGAGAAGGAAGACAGAAGACAUUAUCAGAAUCUCUCAGACAAGAGCUUGAUCUGAAACUUCUGGGUUCUGCUGUCUCCCAUAAACCUAAUCCAGCCUCCACUAAUCAACAGAAAAUUAAUGAAGAGGCAGCUGCUUUUAAGUUAGAGAACAAGCAGCUGGACCAGCAGAAGUUGAAUAGGCAGAGAGGAGCUAACCAGGCUGUGAAUGGUAAGAUGAUGGAUGAAAAGGACGACUUCUUGCAACAGAUAAGAACAAAAUCAUUCAACCUGAGGCGGACGGUCACUGCAAAACCAACUGUCACAUCAGGCCCAACUGCUAAUGUCAAAGUUACUGCAAUUUUGGAGAAAGCAAAUGCCAUCCGCCAGGCUGUUGGAAGUGACGAUGACGAAGAUGAUGAUAACUGGAGUGAGUCGUGAUUUCCUUUCACAUGAUUACAAAGGCUACGGGAACAAACUCACUUCAUAUGCAAAUUUGUGUGAGGCAGUUUGACAUUGUAUAUAAUCCUUGUUUCUUGCGGCUCAUAUUUUGAAUCUUUCUGUGAUUAUUUCCAUUCAUUUCUUAAAUAGUUUAUUCAAGUUGUGAACAAGAUAUCUUCAGUUCAGUCAUGAUAUAAAUCACAUCAAUGAGU